UCUAUUCUGAUGAAUCGCCUUUUUUUUUGCAGAGACCAUGUAUAUCUUACGUCGUAAUCAGUAUUUCUGCACCUCUUCAAGCUUAUCAGUUGUCGCAGCCGAACAGAGUUCUUGGAAGUGGCAUUUUGACAUAAUUUCUUCCCAUGAGAGGAGCAAGUUUGAUGAAGAAACACUUUCGAACUGGAACGGGUUCAAGCGAAAGAAAACCUACUCCAUGAAAACCGACGGCAGCAAAAACGAAUACAUAGUGGUAACCAUUCUUAUUGCUACUAAUGGAACAAUGAACCUCCCCAAGGUGAUCAGAAGCGCUACCGAACUGGAUACAUUGGCGGCAUUCCUCAACUCCAGGCCUGAAAGUGGCCUUCGGGGUGUUCGAGUCCUGUGGACGCCUCAAGAUGCGGAUGACGUUCUCUCGGAGGAGAGGAUGCGGAAGGAUUACCCAAACCUGAAACCCCUUUCAUGGUGAACGACUAGGACAGCGUUCUUCUGUUCAUCACACCCUUGGUUCAGAGGUCUGGUUACCAUUUAAGCCAGGUCUUUUAGUUAAAAGAACAUAUGCAGAUGAUAGGUUAUGCUAAGCUAAUGGAUUCAUGGUAUACCGAGCCUAGUUUCUUAUUUUCUAAACAA